AGUCAUCCAUGUUCAGCCGCUGGUUCCGGCGCAGCCGGUCUGAGAAGCGUUCCUCCGGCGAGUGCAAGAAGCAGCUGUCCAGUUUCUCAGCUCAGUUCCCGCCACUCGAGUGGAGUGACCCAGACUACGCGCGAUUCCACUCGCGUGCUACGCAGACCAGCGCCGCCGCUGUCACUCAGCAGCCGGACACGCACCCAUACGCUGCCCUGCUGAAGCCGAGAUCAUCGAGCACGAAUCGAGCCCGCGAGCGGCACUCCAGUAAUGGGGACACACCGGACGCCAGUCUGGAUCGCUCGGAUCGACGGUCUCGCAGUUCGAGAGGCUACUACCGUGGUCCCCGCAAGGCGGCAGCUCUAGCAGCUGCUGAGGACCUGGACUCUUCGGGCACACUGCUUUACCGACACCGCAGCGCGUCUCCGGCGGCGCGCCGCAACAACCACAGCCAGAACAACGGGUCGCGCCAUGGCGGCGCUCAGUCAGCGGCCACCAACCGACGCCUUCCUUCAACGGCCGAGAUCAGAACACCGCCACUGUCUCGCCGUGCUUACCGCCAUCAGAGAGCCUUGCCACCACUUCCUUUGGAGAGGCUGAACAACGGAGGCCUUCGGCAGGACGACCAGAGGUACAGACCACCCAACUUCACCAACAAUGCCCUCGAGAAGGCCAGCGCAGUUGAUGAACUGCCACCUAGCGGUAAGCCGCAACAGCCAUCCGACUACACUAACAACAGGUUACCGAGACCAGGACCAGUACCUUUGGCCACAUUUGAAGCUCGCCGAAGUAGCAUCGCGGGAACAACCUUGGACAUUGAUAAUGUGGCGACGUCCAGGAUCCGAGCCGAGGCGCAGAGAAAUGCACCGGCAGCCUUCUCCAUGAAAAACCUUCAGCAGCAACCAUCGGCGGCCGCUUUCCCUAUGCGUGGAGGCGCGCACAUCAGCGCUGACGACCUCAAGAACUUGCACAAGGCGGAGGAGAAAGUUGAACCGCGUCCUAUCGCAGCCAUUAAGAACCUGCAGUGUGGACCUAUGGUAAUCAGCAAGGUGCCUCCACAGCCGCAAGUAAUCGAACCCCGAAGGACAACGACGACUACGACCUUUACGACGACGGACACAGUGACGCUGAAGAACAUACAGAACCUGAGCUCAGUGGCUGAUCUGGACAAAACGAAGCCGUCUCCACAGACUUUGAAGAACCUGCAGCCAUCAACCAACACGACAACUGUGUCAAUCAAGCAGACAAACGGCAAAAUUGACGACGACAUUAGCGGGAACACCAAGAAGAUCGCGACGAACCUAAUUCUGGAGGAGAAGAUUGAGGCCCAGAGGAAAAGCGGAGCAUCGUCACCGUCUGCCGCUGGCCCCAUAAAAAAGAUUGUCGAAGAGAAAUCGGUGCAGUCGACGCUCGAGUCUACUGGCAAAAUGGGGAAUCUCAAGAGCACAGUGGACGUCAACAUGGAGCUUGUCACGGAGGUGGGAAGCUCGAGGACUGUAACCAACAUCACCACUUCGCUUCAGCACGCGCUCCCUAAGGCUGUUACUGCAGAGCCCUCAGGCCCGGACCCAUGUAACAAUAAAACAUCGGCUGCUGCUGGUAAAACCAUAAUCAAGACAUCUAAGCCAACUAAAAUGAAUGGAAACGGAGGCGGCUACACGCCCAUGAGGGCCAAGCUAGCCGAAGCAAAGGCAGCCUUCUUCGCCGACUCUGCCAAUAAAGGCAGCGCCGACGACAGUGGUUUCGUGUCCACCUCCCCGCAACCAGUUCCCGUGUAGGGGGCAUUUCAACCGCACCAGCUUGCCAGUUAGGGACGAAAGAACUCGCUUGUCGGUAAAGCACCAGCGCACAAGUGGCACGUCUUCAGACAUCUGCUGACCCUGAGCGGCGACAGACCGACGCCGAAUUGUGCAUGUACGUUAAUCCUCCAGCAGCCGCAACAGACGCUUGCUUGUGACGUCUGGACGACCACUACGCGAUGUGAGCAGAAGAGAUGGAUGGCCCGGAUUGAAAAUCGCAUACCGUGCCA